CGGCGACCCCUUAACUCUCCGACGAGUUCUCUAUCACACACAGACAUGGCUCCGAAGAAGAAGCAGCAGCAGCAGCAGCGGAAGUCAGCUUCUUCAUCGUCAUCUACCUCAUCCAAAAGCAAGCCUCAGGCUUCUACCGGUCCCAAACUCCAAAUAUCUGCAGAGAACGAAAACCGGCUGCGACGGCUUUUACUUAACUCUGGUCGUUCGACGCCAGCUCCGGUUCAUGAAGAUUCUAGCCUUACCAAGGCGCAGAAGGCCAAAAAACUGUACUCUGUUUAUGAGAAGCUCUCUUGCGAAGGUUUCACUGAUGAUCAUAUCGAACGUGCUCUCUCUCAUCUUAAGGAAAGUGCUACUUUUGAGGCUGCUUUAGACUGGCUAUGCUUGAUUUUAUCACCAAAUGAGUUGCCAUUGAAGUUUCGCAGUAGCAGUGCAGUUCUUCCAGAUGAGGGUGGUUCUGUCGGCAUCAUAUCAACUGCACGACAUGAUUGGACCCCUUUGGAGGAUUCAUCAGUUCCAACUGAAAAUGAAAUGCCAAAAAUAUCAAUCAAGAGCAAGGGGCAGAAGAAAGUUGAUUCAUUGGAUUCUUUCCAGAAGUCUCAAGCAGAUUGGAUUCGUCAGUAUAUGGAGCAACAAGAAGAGGAUGAAUACGAAACUUGGGAAGAUGCUGUGGUCGAUAAGAUCUCAGAGCCAAGAAGCUAUGAUUCUAUCCGUGAGGAAUAUCAUAGUGCUCGGCUACAAGCUAUAAAUGCCAAAGAAAAAGGGGAUAAGAAUGGUCAGCAGCAAUCUGGUCAAAUAAUUCGUAAACUUAAGCAAGAGUUGGCUGAUUUAGGUAUAUCUGUUGAUACCUUGGCUGCAGAGUUUGAGAGUCGCUAUCGUGUCAUUGAGGAAUCUUCUUGUGAGCCCAAAAAUCUUGAUGCUGGUGUAUGUGAGAAAGAUGGUGACAUGUGUUCUUCUAUUGAGCAAAUAGACUUGAAAGACAACGGAGCUGUUUCAGAGAGUUGUUCAGAAGAUGUCUCAACCAAGGAUAUUUCAGUAAAUGUUCCCAGCCAUGAUGGAGCUGUUGUGGAUGAUGACUCUGGAGAUAUUGAGCUUGGUGAUAUGUUUCUAGAAGAUUCAUCAUCUGGUCAAGUUUUGGACGCCAGGAUUGCAGAGCUGCAGAAGAAGGAGAAGAUGAAGGAGUUGACUAGUGAAAAAAACUUGGAAAAGUUAGAGGGAAUCUGGAAGAAGGGGGACCCACUAAAGAUUCCUAAAGCCAUUCUUCACCAGCUUUGUCAAAGAUCUGGAUGGGAGGCACCAAAGUAUAAUAAAGUACAAAGCACAGGAGAAGGAAGUAGUUAUACAGUUAGUGUGAUACGUAAAGCUACUGGGAGGGGUAAAAACAGGAAAGUUGGAGGACUUACUACCCUUCAACUACCUACUCCUGGAGAAACAUUUGAAACUGCAGAGGAUGCACAAAACAGGGUUGCUGCAUUUGCUUUAUAUCAGCUCUUUCCUGACAUACCUGUUCACUUGAUGAUGUCAGAUCCAUAUGCCACACUUGUUUUACGAUGGCUGGAAGGGGACUUAUCAGGAGAUGUGAAAAACAAUGAAGUAGACAGAAGGGCUGGUUUUGUGGAUUCUUUACUCAAUACCAAUGUAUCUGAUGCUGCUGUUUCUGUCGACCCAUCUGUAAAAAAUGAUUCUCAAAUAUCUCAUGUUCAAGAAGAUAAAAGUUACAGAUCUGUUGGUGUUAAUACGAAUGUUGAAAGUAAUCAUAAACAGGUGGAGAGUUCUUAUCUUAAAAAGCAACAAGAGAGCAAGAGAAAACUGAAGAAGUAUGAGGACAUGUUAAAAGUUAGAGCUGCACUCCCUAUUGCUGAGCUGAAAGGCGAAAUUUUACAUCUGUUAAAAGACAAUGAUGUCCUUGUUAUCUGUGGAGAAACAGGUUGUGGGAAAACAACUCAGGUUCCACAAUUUAUCUUGGAUGGCAUGAUCGAAGGGGAUCGUGGUGGUAUUUGUAACAUUGUGUGCACACAACCACGGAGGAUAGCGGCGAUUUCUGUUGCUGAAAGAGUUGCUGAUGAACGAUGUGAAUCUUCACCAGGUUCUAAAGAUUCUUUGGUUGGUUAUCAAGUGCGUCUUGAUAGUGCAAGACAUGAGAGAACAAAGCUUCUGUUUUGUACAACUGGCAUUCUGUUGAGGAUGAUUGUGGGAAACAAAAGCUUUGCUGAUAUAACUCAUGUCAUAGUUGAUGAAGUGCAUGAACGUUCUCUCUUGGGUGAUUUUCUACUAAUUAUUUUGAAGAAUUUUAUAGAGAAGCAAUCUGCUCAAAGCACACAAAAGCUGAAAGUUAUCCUUAUGUCAGCAACAGUCGAUUCACAGCUAUUUUCUCAUUACUUUGGUGAUUGCCCUGUUAUUCAUGCACAAGGCAGAACACAUCCUGUAACAACUCAUUUCCUUGAGGACAUUCAUGAAAGUAUAGAUUAUAAGCUUGCUUCUGAUUCCCUAGCUUCUUUGAGAUCCAAUGCACCAAAACAGAAGGGUGCUGCUGUUGACAACCAUAGGGGAAAGAAGAAUCUAGUCUUAUCUGGAUGGGGUGAUGACUCUGUUUUAUCUGAAGGCUAUAUAAACCCGUAUUAUGUUUCAGAAAAUUAUCAAACAUACAGCGAGCAAACUCAGCAAAAUCUGAGAAAGCUGAAUGAAGAUGUUAUUGAUUACGAUCUUCUCGAGGACCUGAUUUGUCACAUCGAUAAAACUUACCCCGAGGGUGCAAUAUUGGUCUUUCUACCAGGAGUUUCUGAAAUUCACACAUUGCUUGAUAAGUUAGCUGCUUCUUACCAAUUCCGUGGUGUAGCAUCAGAAUGGCUUCUACCAUUGCAUUCAAACAUUGCAGCAUCUGAGCAGAAAAAAGUGUUUCAAAGACCUCCUGAUGAUAUUCGUAAGGUAAUAAUAGCCACAAAUAUUGCAGAAACUAGUAUCACAAUAGACGAUGUAGUCUAUGUCAUCGACUGUGGCAAACAUAAAGAGAAUCGUUACAAUCCACGCAAGAAACUGUCAAGUAUGGUUGAAGAUUGGAUCUCUAGAGCUAAUGCAAGACAAAGAAGGGGAAGAGCCGGACGUGUAAAACCAGGAAUUUGUUUUUGCUUGUAUACACGUUACAGAUUUGAAAAGUUUAUGCGCCCAUUUCAGCUCCCAGAGAUGCUGCGGAUGCCAUUGGUGGAAUUGUGUCUACAAAUUAAAUUACUUUCUCUUGGUCCAAUUAUGCCAUUCUUACAAAAGGCUCUUGAACCUCCAACUGAAGAAGCCAUUACUUCAGCAAUUUCAUUGUUAUAUGAGGUUGGUGCUGUUGAAGGUGAUGAAGAAUUGACACCUCUUGGGUAUCAUUUAGCAAAACUCCCUGUUGAUGUGUUAAUUGGAAAGAUGAUGUUAUAUGGUGGAAUAUUCGGUUGCUUAUCACCAAUCCUCUCUAUCUCAGCGUUUUUAAGCUACAAAUCACCCUUUGUAUACCCAAAGGACGAGAGACAUGCUGUUGAGAGAGCAAAGUUGGCUCUGAUGACUGAUAGGGUAGGUGGUACAAAUGAUCCGGAUAAUGGGAAUCGCCAGUCUGACCAUUUGGUAAUGAUGAUCGCGUAUAAAAAAUGGGACAAAAUUUUACAUGAGAAUGGAGCUAAUGCUGCUGAACGAUUCUGCAAAUCAAAUUUUUUAAGCAGCUCUGUUAUGUACAUGAUAAGGGACAUGAGGGUACAAUUUGGAACAUUGUUGGCAGACAUUGGUCUCAUUGACCUCCCAAAAAAUUAUCAGAUUGGGGGUAAAUGGAAAGAGAAACUCGACUCUUGGUUUUCAGAUACUUCACAAACAUUCAAUGUUUAUUCAGACCACUCUCCACUUGUGAAGGCGUUGCUUUGUGCUGGUUUAUAUCCUAAUGUAGCUGCUACAGAACAAGGUAUCUCUGAGAAAUCUUUGGGUACCCUUAGACAGACUGUGGGUCCCACAACUGAUGAUUCUAAUGUAUGGUUUGAUGGAAGAAGGGUAGUCCAUGUUCACCCUUCUUCUGUUAAUAGCAACUCAAGAAAAUUUCAGUACCCGUUUCUUGUUUUCCUUGAAAAGGUUGAGACAACCAAGGUAUUUCUUCGAGAUACAACCAUCACUUCCCCCUACUCUAUUUUGCUGUUUGGUGGCUCUAUGAACAUUCAACACCAGACUGGUGUAGUAACCAUAGACGGUUGGUUAAAAAUGGCUGCACCAGCUCAAACUGCAGUCCUCUUCAAGGAACUUCGGCUUACCCUUCAUGCAAUUUUGAAGGAGCUAAUUAGGAACCCACAGACUGGGAAUAUUGCUGAAAAUAGUGUCAUCCAGUCUAUAGUUCAUUUACUAUUAGAAGAAGAUAAACCAAAAACUUGAUAUGCUAAAAACUAAAAAGUCUCAUUCAAUUCCUAGCUGACACAUAUUAGCUUUUGACAUUGAAUGAUGAUAAAUUGAUAAUUAAGACGUACAUGUACAACUUCAUAAUUUUAUGUUUAAAGAGAAAAAGAAUAAAGUACAUGUGUAAA